AUGGGCCCGUACUACAUCCUACCCCCAGACGUGAAUCGGGUACCUGCUUGGAUACGCAAUAAUAAGAAAUUGUAUCCGUAUUUCAAGGACUGCAUCGGCGCAAUUGACGGCACCAUAAUAUCAGCAUGGGUUCCUCAGGGUUAUCAAGGGGUUUACAGAUGCAGAAAAGGAUAUUUAGCGCAGAACGUCAUGGUCUCUUGUGAUUUCGACAUGAAGUUCACCUUAGUUUUGGCAGGAUGGGAAGGUAGCGCAAAUGAUGCCCGAAUUUUCAAAGAUACGUUGUCCAAUCUGAGGUAUCAAUUUCCUAUUCCAUCACCGG